ACGCAACUGGGAGCGCGCGGUGUUGAUUUCGCACCUACUGGAGGUUAUUUUUGUAUUUAUCUCCCUGGACUCCUUCAAACUUAGGUGCAAAUGCUCUGCUCCUUCUAGCAAGCUCUGCGGCUGAUCUCAACACUGAAUUGCAUCCUAAAUCCUACUGGGAUCACUGAUCCCCUCACUGCUGUCUAGUCCCAGGCUUAUUACUCAAACGAGCUGAAGAGAGCAACACAGUAGCUGGCAGAGGAUAAAGGAGGUCUGCCUGCUGACACCGAAGAAAAGACGGAAGACAUAAAGGAGCUAGUGAAGAGGACAAAGUGAGAGAAAGUAUAAUAGCAGUUCCAGUCUAGCUGUGAGAUUAGUAACACCAUUUAGGAUGCCAUGCAGAGAGAAAAAAAGAGAAACACAUGCUUCACUUCAUCGCCAUGAGUUAACAAGGGGCUCAUAGCGAAUGUGCAGACUUUCAUACAAGCUUACACAAAUACAAGAAGUUGUAAAGGCACAGUCCUACUCUGUGGAACUCUGAGCUGACACCUGCUAUGCCUCUGUAAGACGUCUUAGCCAUGCCAGCUAAAGGGAAGUACCUGUUAAAUGACCAGGAGCUGAAAAAUGAGGCACUUUACCGCAGAUUCUCCUGCAUCAGUCAGUACCAGCCAUUGGUGCUCCUGCUUGGCCUGUCCAUGCUGUCAUGUGGAAUCUUGCUCAUCGUCUUUUUUGCUCUUCGACUGAAGGCGGAGGAGCACUGUGCCUUUGUAAGUGUGGUGGGCACUAGCCUGUGUGUGUUCCUGGCUGUGUUUGUGCUGGUGUGCACAGAGAUGCUCUCACAGAGAUGGAGGCGCCUCUUGGGUCUGGUGAUCUGGGCAACACACCUGUCCAUGGGCUACACCUUCAUCUUCAGCGGCCCCGUUAUCCUUUCCUGGGAUCAGGUGCCUUUCUUCCUCUUCAUCAUCUUCACCGUGUACACCAUGCUGCCAUUCCAGCUGUGCUAUGCUGUGGUGCUGAGUAUCCUCACAUCCGUGUCCCACAUCAUCGUCCUCUCGCUGCGUCUUACUGUUUUCAACCAUCAGUCCCCUCCUUACCUUGCCAAUCAGCUGCUGUCCAAUGCAGUGGUGUUUCUAUGUGGCAGUGUGGUGGGAGCCUUCCAUAAGGUCCUGAUGGAGAAAACUCUGAGGCAGACCUUCCAAGACACCCUGAGGUGCCUGAGCAUGCGUAUGAAACUGGAGAUAGAGAAGAGGCAACAGGAGAACCUGUUGCAAUCUGUGCUGCCAGUUUACAUCUCAAUGAAGAUGAAACUGGCAAUUAUGGAGCGCUUGCAAGAUUGUAAAGACAAAGAGGAGCAGCAACGACUGGUUAAAGACAACAACUUUCACAGCCUGUAUGUCAAGAGGCAUGAGAAUGUCAGUAUCCUGUAUGCAGACAUUGUUGGGUUCACCCAAUUGGCCAGUGACUGCUCUCCCAAGGAUCUGGUCAUUAUGCUCAAUGAAGUCUUUGGCAAGUUUGACCAAAUUGCCAAGGAAAAUGAAUGCAUGAGGAUCAAAAUCCUUGGUGAUUGCUACUAUUGUGUGUCAGGGCUGCCGGUAUCUCUGCCUAAACAUGCCAAAAACUGUGUCAAAAUGGGCCUGGACAUGUGCGAAGCCAUCAAGCAGGUGCGGGAAGCAACAGGAGUGGAUAUCAGCAUGCGAGUUGGCGUGCACUCUGGCAAUGUGCUCUGCGGUGUGAUUGGUCUACGCAAGUGGCAGUUUGACGUGUGGUCACAUGACGUCACCUUGGCUAAUCACAUGGAGUCAGGAGGCCUGCCAGGACGUGUCCACAUCACAGAAGCUACACUGAAGCACCUGAACAAGGCGUAUGAAGUGGAGGAGGGCAACGGUCACCUCAGGGAUCGCUACCUGAAGGAGCUCAGUGUCCAAACGUACCUCGUCAUUGAUCCCCGGUCUAAGGACCCAUCACUGAACAGUCGCAGCGUGCCUAAACCUCGUGUGAAUGAUGGUCUGAAGAUGCGAGCUUCUGUACGUAUGACCCGCUACCUUGAGUCCUGGGGCGCCGUCAAACCUUUUGCUCACCUCCAGAGCCGAGAUGGAUUCACCACUGAAGCCAUGGUCAGUGGUAAGCCGCGCUGGAAGGACAUCCCUCUGCGAUCAACCACUGGCUCCAAGAUCACUGAGAGCUUUGAUGAGUCUCUAGAAGAGCCUUUCUCCUUGCCCACACAUCCAUUCAGCAACUAUAAGAUCAAAUCCCAGAAGAGUAAGUUUGAUGAGGAGCUCCACAAUGAGAUGACGACUACCAUAGAUGAGCUCAGCAGCAAGCAGUGGACUAAGACUGAGGACACUAGCAGUUUAGCUCUCUGGUUCCCAAAAAAACACUUGGAAAAACAGUACCGAGCUCUGGAUUUGCCAUCAUUCAAACAUUAUGUAGGCUGUGCCACCUUCAUCUUCUUCUGCGUCUUUUCCAUUCAGAUGUUGGUUACAAAAGACCGACAGAUGUUGGCGAUGUCGUUUGGAGUGUUGGUUUGUGUACUGCUGCUGACCCUGGCAAUAUGUUAUGCAGGUCACAUACAGCGUGUCUUCCCACAGAAGCUGUCACAGUGCCAGUGGCUGCCAGCUGUGUCGGAGGCGGUGGUGAAACGGCCAUGUGUUCGCCUCCCUCUGGCAACCAUCACUACUGCGGUCAUCAUCAUCAUGGCAGUCUUCAACUUGUGCUUUAUCCAGACACCAUUUACAGAAUGUACCAGUGAUAGCAUUGACCUACAUCACAAAAAUGAUUCUGUUGGACAAGGAUUAGAUGGAGAGCUCUUUCACCUGCCUUACUCCGUAUACUGCUGUAUCUUAUCUCUGAUUGCGUGUGGAGUCUUCCUGCGCGUGAGCUUUGAGCUCAAAGUGCUCUUCCUCGCUUUGGCAUCCACAGCAUACUACAUCAUCCUCCUCACCUCUAACAAGGCGCUCUUUGUGGCGUACGGAAACCUUCUGUACGCCGAGAUCACGGACAAGUGGAACUGCAGCAGCAGCGACAACAUGUCCAUCCUGAGGUGGAUCGGUUUGGUGAAACACCCUCAGGGGAUGAGCUGCAUCUACAUCACCCUGUUCCUGGUCACUAUGCUCAUCCUCUCACAGCAGAACGAGGCCUGCUUCCGACAAGACUUUUUGCUGAAGUACAAGAACCACACAGAGCAGGAUGAGAUUGAAACAAGGGAGAACCUGAACCGCCUGCUGCUGGAGAACGUGCUGCCGGCUCAUGUAGCCACGCUAUUUGUUGGAGAGAAUAAAAAGAAUGAGGAUCUGUACUAUAAGUCAUAUGACUGCGUGUGCGUGAUGUUUGCAUCUGUCCCAAAUUUCAAAGAAUUUUACACAGAAUGUGACAUAAACAAGGAAGGGCUGGAAUGCCUGAGGCUUCUCAAUGAGAUCAUCGCCGACUUUGACGAGUUGCUGUCCAAGCCAAAGUUCAGCGGUGUGGAGAAGAUUAAGACAAUUGGCAGCACUUACAUGGCUGCUGCGGGGCUUAGCGGGAUGCUUGGCCACGAGAACAAUCAGGACAGGGAGCGGCAGCAGGCCCAGAUCGGCAUCAUGGUGGAGUUCGCCAUGGCUCUGAAUACCAAGCUGGAUGGCAUCAACAGACACUCAUUCAACAGCUUCAGGCUUCGUGUGGGCAUUAACCACGGCCCAGUGAUAGCUGGUGUGAUUGGCGCAAGGAAACCUCAGUACGACAUCUGGGGUAACACUGUGAAUGUAGCCAGCAGGAUGGAGAGCACAGGAGAGCUCGGAAAGGUUCAGGUUACCGAGGAAACGUCAGACGUGCUGCAGAACCUGGGCUACUCCUGUGAAUGCAGAGGAUUCAUCAAUGUCAAAGGGAAAGGUGAGCUGAAGACCUUCUUUGUGUGCACCGACAUGAGUAAGCACCAAGGUCUGGGUAUGAGCUGAAGCCAGCAGUGCUGAAGGACUCACACACAGCUGUUGCAUGACUGUUUAUGCACCGAUGUUGCCUCAGAAUGAAAAACAGAGGCUCACUUAAGAUACAGACGAACUGCGCUGGCUGAAGUUGACGUCACUGUUUGGACUCAGAUAGAAGGUGAUGCAGUCAGACCAGAUGAAUGAUCAGCACGCAGUGUCCUGCAGUGAUCAGCCGGCUUUUGUAUUUCUGUCUUUAACUUUAGUGUUUGUUCUAGAAAAAUAUGUUGUACUAACAAAGACCUCUGAUUCUU